UGAUGGGUUUCCACGGACAUAACCCAUAGUGUCGCAGGUGCUGGGACUACCUGCGACCUUCACGGCUUGGGCAUCCGACAAUCCCCAAGUCUGGUAAAAAGCCUGCUACCACGAUCUCGGCGUUCGAUCUGGGCACAUUCCGGCAAGAAAGCGUCGCGAGAAGGAUGAGCAACACAGGACGACCUCCGUCAGGAGGAGGGAGGGGUUUGGGUUCAACUGGGUGGGCUGGAGGACUUCCAUUCACUGGGACUGCGACUUGGAGCGCAACGCCUGGCGUUCCUGCGGGCGCCGGUGUGAACGUCGGCUGGGGCAACAUUCCUUUGGGCACGGAUGCUACCAAUCCAUUGCUCAACGCUGCAGCUCUCAUCGGCGGAGCUUCCACUUUUCCAUCUGGCAGCACCGGCGCCCUUCCUACGGCCACGCCCUUCACCAACUCCGGAGCCGCUGUGUCCACUGGUCUCGGCCAACAGCGCCAGGCCAUCAGCAACCCCAACAACAACGGUGCCGCCGGUUCCGGAGCCGCCCCCGCCCAUCCAAAGCACCCCCAGUCGCAACCGCUUUCACAGCCCCAGACCCAACCCAAACCACAGUCACACGCAGCGGCCCCUCCUGCAGCUAGCGGCAGCAACACCGGUGCUCCUGCUCCUCCUGCUUCGGCGCAGCUGGCAUCACGGCCUAACCCCGGGGCUGCCGGCACUUCCGGCUUGCGCGGCCCGCAGCCUGCCCCCCAGCACUCUGCUCAGCCGCAGCCGCAGCCCCAGUCUGCCACGAAUACAGCCAUGGCUGCUGCUGGCAUGCCUGGCUUCAACCCUGCCGGCAUGGGCGGCGGGGGCGGCGGCAGCGGCUCCGGCGGCAUCAAUCUGGGGGCCAUGGGAGCCAUGGGGGCUCUAAUGAGCAUGGGUGCAAUGGCGGAUCCUGCGAACUUGGCGCGAUUGGAGGCCUGGCUUGCGACAGCAGCGCCGGGCAUGCUGCAGGGAGGGGCCCUGGGGGCUGCGGUAGAGGCUGCUCAGAAACAGCAGCAGCAACAGCAGCAGCACCCACAGCAAACACAGCAGCAGCCUCAGCAGCCGCAGCCGUUGCCGUCGGAUCCUUUUGAUCAGAGCGCCGGUAACAGGCAGGUUUGGGGCGCUGGAACGCCGACGGCGGCGCAGGGUGCAGCUUCGGCGGCGGCGCUGACGGCUGCAGCCUCGGCGGCGGCAACACCGUUCAGCCCGGGCGGUAUUGCUGGAGCACCGCAGCUGGUGGGGCAACAUGCGCAGCAGCAGCUGGUAAAGCAGCAACAACAGCAGCAUCAAUACCCGUCGCAGCAGCAGCAACAACAGCAGCAGCCAACAUACAAUGCCGGCCAGCAGCAGUGGGCCAACUACGCAGCCGCUCCUCAGCCUCAACAGCAGCAACAGCAGCAACCGCAGUCGCCGCAGGUGCAGCAGCACAUGCAGAACGCUGCCCAACUGCAGCAGCCGCAGCCGCAGCAGCAACAGCAGCAGCCUCCCCAGCAGCAGCCGCAGCAGCAGCCUAUGCCGGUCGGGGAGCCGCCCGCUGCCGCUGCCGAGCUGCCCGAGCUGCCUGCUGCCGCCAGCAACGCGCCCUUCGAGGUCCCCUGGGAGUACCUGGAUACGGAGGGCCACGUGCAGGGUCCCUUCCCCGUGCGCAACAUGUUCGACUGGUGGUAUGCCGGCCACUUCGACGGCGGCGUGUACGUGCGCUGCGUGGGCGGCUACUGGACCCAGAUCGGCCUGGUCAUGCGGGACAUCAAUCGCGUGCUGGGCGGCCCGCCGCUGCCCAAGCAAACCCGCACCUCCUCUUCUGGUGCUGCUGGGGCUGCUGUGGGUGCUACAGCGGGUGCUGGCUCUGCUGCGGGGGCCCCUGGCGCUUCGGCUCGCGGGGCCGGCCCUUCCGCGGGUGUUUCUGGGCAGCAGGCACCCGGCGGCGCAGCUCCCUCCGCCACGCCGUCCUCUCCUGCUGCUGCUGCCGGCGGCGGCGGUCCCUCCCUGGGCGGUCCCACCAGCAGCGGCGAGGCGGCCGACCCGGCCCGACUGGAGGACGCGGUGGGGCUGUUCUUCUGCGACAACUCGCCCGAGCUGCGCUGGUUCUACUUGGACGACCAGGGAGUGGUGCAGGGUCCCUUCCUCCCCGCGCGCAUGGUGGGCUGGUUCAAGCUGGGUCGCCUGCGCACCGACGUGCGGGUGGCGGGUGUGCUGCUGCCGGGCGUGGGACAGCAGGACAGACAGGACAGGCCGCCCGUGGUUCCGGAGCAACUGGCGGCGGCGGCGACGGGCCGUGGCGGCGGUGACCCAUGGUUCAUCACAUUUGGGACGCUGUUGGAUGCAGUGGGCUCGCACCGGAAGUAUCAGCCGCUGCGAAUGGAGGACCUCCGACGGGGUCGUCCGCCCCCCUCCUGGUCGGCACUUGGGCACGGAGGCGGCGGCGGCGGUGGCGGCGGCCCGCCCACCGGCGGCGCAGGCGCACGCAACGUGCCACCUCCUCCCGCACGCCACGGAGCUCAGGACGCACGGAUGGAUCACGGAUAUGACAGGGAUGGCCGACGCGGGGACUACCGCGGCCAUGGUACGGCAGCCGACGGACCCCCUGUACGGCAGUACCCGGGCGGCCCCGGCGGCCAGCCGGGUCCCGCUGGGCCCCGAGACGGCAGGUACGGGCCGCGCGGAGGCGACUUUGACCAACGCGGCGGCGCCGGCGGUGGUUUCGGAGCUCCUCGCGACGGCAGCGGCAUCGGCGCCGGCCGUAACGCUCCAGGGGGCCCGGGUGGCCCGGGCAUGCGAGAUGGGCGCGACGCGGGCAGGGAUGCGUUGCGUGGACCGCCGGGCCGUUCGGCUCAGGAGAUCGUGGACGCGGCACGCCAGCGGCGGGGCGAGGGCCCGCCCGUGGGUGUCGGCGGCGGCGGUGGACGUGGUGAUGCUACGGCGCCGUUACGUGAGGCGGCGGCUGGCCGCGGCGGCGGUGUGGCGGCCGCUGCUGCCCCUCGCGGUGCCGCCACCGCUGCCGGUGCUGCUGCUGAGGACGCGGGCCGGGGCCGUCGCGGAGGGGAGCCCCCCGCGGGCCCGGCCGGUCGUGCCGCUGCGAGCACCCAGCAGCAGCAGCCACAGCGGGAGCGGCAGGGCGCGUCGGAGCUGGCGCGGAAGGACAGCUUGGGUGCCGGAGCCAAGGAGUCGCAGCAGCAGCAACAACGUAGCGGCGCCGCCGCUCCUGGUGCCACGGCCGCCGCCGCCGCGCCGCGCCGCGACAAGGCUGGGCCGCCCGCAAAUGCAUUCGACGCCGCCGCCGCUGCUGCUGCUGGUGGCAGCCGCGGCCCCAACGCUGCCGGAGCCGCUCGGCGCGGCGACGCUGCCAGCGGCCGCGACCGUGAGCCCGCUCCGUUUGCGACUGGUGGCGGCACCAAGGCCGCGGUUUCGGAGACCGCCAAGGCGGCCGUGGCUCGGAUGCUAACGGGCGGCAGCGGCGCCUCCGGCGGCAGGGCUUCCGCCGCUGCUGCUGCGGCGGCGGCAGCGACCAAGGCUAUGAGCGGCGUUAUCGGCUCUGGCAGCGGCGGCAGCGGCAGUGCUACACCGGUGGCGCCGGCGGCGGCGGCGGCGGCUGAUAAGCAACAACAACAACCGCAGCAGCAGCAGCAGCCGUCCGACAGCGGUGUUGCGGUGUCGCUCCGUGCCGGGCAGUCUGGCGGCGUCAAGCUGAAGAUUACCAUGCCAUCAGCUGCACCUGCACCUGCUGCCGCCGCUGCGGAGCAAGGUGCCAAGGGAGGGAAGGGCAGCGGAAGCGGCAGCCGUUCUGCUAAGGCUUCAGAGGCGCCCGCCGCCGCGCCUGCUCCGGCGCCGACGCGGGCAGUCCCGGCAGCAGCAGCAGCCGGUGAAGCGAGCGGCAGUAAGGGCAAGGCGAUCAAGAGCGCUGCUGUGGCUGCUGCUCCCGCCGCCGCCAGAGAGGGGAAGAAGCAAGAUGGCGCAACACUGAAGCAGCAGCAGGAGCAGGAGGGUGUGACACUGUCCCUCCGGACGGACGAGGCGGGGGAUGUGAAGGUUAGCAUCCGGAAGCAAGGCGACGCAGCGCAGCAGGUGCAGCCGCAACCGCAAUCCACGCAGCCCCAGCCUCAACAGCAGCCGGCAAAGGGUGUGGCUCUGUCUCUCAGGACGGACGAGGCGGGGGAUGUGAAGGUUAGCAUCCGGAAGCAAGGUGACGCAGUGCAACAGCAGCCGCCAAAACCGCAAUCUGCACGGCCCCAGCCCCAGCCUCAGUCCCAGUCUCAGCCCCAGCCUCAGCCCCAGCCUCAGCAGCAGCCGGCAAAGGGUGUGGCUCUGUCUCUCAGGACGGACGAGGCGGGAGCCGUCAGGGUCAGCAUCCGAAAGCAAGAUGACCCAGUGCAGCAGCAGCAGCCGCAGACCGCUCAGCCCCAGACUCAGCAGCAGCCAGCAAAUUGUGUGGCUCUGUCGCUCCGAACGGACGAGGCGGGGGAUGUUAAGAUCAGCAUUCGAGCUCGCGGCAGUGGCGCUGCGGAGGGGGCAGCGGCCCCCUCCAGCCGCCGCGGCGAUGUUGGCGAGGUAGGCGGCAGUCGCCCGGUUCCCACGGCACAUCCGCUGCUGCUGAAUGACUUUGAAGCUUAAUGGCGGUGGGCAAACCGGAGACGGGAGCCAGGAAUGCUCCAGAAGGGGGCCAGUCAAUGGAGGAAGAGUCCUUUCUGUGGCUUUUCGUUGUUGGAACCUUUUCCCAAGGGAUUGCAUGGCGGUACGGGCAGACGCUGCUUACUCGGAAGCUCGCCGCCUGUUGUGGCGGUUGCGAAGAUAGUUUGUUUACUUCGCGGCAGGCAGCAGCACAGGCAGCCUGGGUUGGUAGGCGACGAGAAAACGCGUGCGCGUGGAGAAUCGUGCAUACUUGUAGCAGUAGUAGCAUUUUCCUGUUGCAGCAGUAGAACCGGAACCCUUUUAGCUGGAAAGUAGUAUUGUUUCUUUUUUCCGUUGUGCACUUUUGUUCACCGGAAACAUCAACGAGGAGGGAGAUCUACACACAAGCCGGAUCCAGUUAGGGCUUGUGACACGGACGAAGGCGGGGUGAAAUGCGUGCGUUGCUUUUCUGUGGUUUGGUAGCUCUUGUCAUGCCCAAACGUGUAGAUUUGUAGUUACAUUGCUUUUAGUCCCAUUCCUGUAGCUUUGUGGAAGGUCACGAUGUUUUGAGUGGCGGCAGGCGGUUGCCGAGAGCGGUAGGGGCGAUGAUUUGGCUGGAUCUGCACGGUUUGCUUUUUACGGAUUGUUUUACGGACUGCCUAGAUGCUGUACGGAAGGACUGAAUGCAAACAAGCUCAGAGCUGCAACCUUCCGGCAGGUGGGGUUGCGGAUGCUGAAGAAACCUGCUCUGCUAGCUUUGCAUGGGCCCUGCUUUCGGCCACUUCCUUCCGGACACGUCAGCUGCUGGUCUACAUGGGGCGGUAGGCCCCUGCGUGAGGUAGUCUUUUCAUAGCCGGCUUGCCUAACGUGCAGUAGGUUGCGGCUCUCUGCCUCUUAAUCCUGGUGCGGCAUUCUGUAUCCUUGUCAGGGCCGUGGCGCGGAUUGCCUAGUUGCUCUAGGAAAGUACAGAUACCGGUAGAAGAAGAAACAUCCGGUAUGCGUGUAGAGCCGUCUAAGUUGCUGGACAAGAUGCGAGGAGUCCAAGGCGGCACCUGCGCUGGCGGUGCGUCCGCCGCAGGAGAUCUAUGUUGCCUUCUUUGCUGUUAGCACUUGGUUGGCAAUUACAACACCGUACGACGAAAAGACGUGCCGACCGUUUACUGCUAUGUAGCGCUGGGUGCUGGGUCUCAAGCGCCAAGCGCCCUUACUGCACAGAAAGCGCGGAAGAUGUUUGGGGUGUUGAUUGGACGUCGGUUAUGAAGACAUGCAGGUGCCCACGGGCUACCUACUACACCGCUUAAAUGGGCCGGUGCUGCCGAGUGCUCCUUGUCGUUGUAACAAUCAGC